AUGUCUUCGGCUCCGCUGCUCGGCGCCGCCAAGCCCGACGGUGGCGAGGCGAGGGCGCGCUCGUCGGCGGCGUGGAUACGCCGCGUGAUCGACACAGAGGAGGCGUGGGCGCAGCUGCAGUUCGCGGUGCCGAUGGUCCUGACCAACAUGUUCUACUACACCAUCCCGCUGGUGUCCGUGAUGUUCUCCGGCCACCUCGGCGACGUCCAACUCGCCGGCGCCACGCUCGGCAAUACCUGGGCCACCGUCACCGGCUACGCCUUCGUCACUGGCAUGAGUGGCGCCCUGGAGACGCUUUGCGGGCAGGCCUACGGUGCCCGGCUGUACCGCAUGCUGGGCCUGUACCUCCAGUCGUCGCUCAUCAUCUCCGCCGUGGUGUCCGUGCUCAUCUCCGUCGUGUGGGUGCUCACGGAGCCGCUGCUCCUGUUCCUUCAUCAGGAACCCGAGGUGUCCCGUGCCGCUGCGGAGUUCAUCCGGUACCAGAUCCCCGGCCUGUUCGCCUACUCCUUCCUGCAGUGCAUGCUGCGGUACCUGCAGACGCAGUCCGUCGUGCUGCCACUCGUCGUCUGCUCUGGGGUGCCGUUCGCGUUCCACGUCGUGCUGAACCACCUUCUGGUGAACGUGCUCGGCUUGGGCCUCGCCGGCUCGUCCGCCUCCAUCUCCGUCUCCUUCUGGUUCUCCUGCCUGAUGCUACUCGGCUACGUGAUGUGGUCCAAGAAGUUCGACGAGACGUGGAAGGGCUUCUCCGUUGACGCCUUCAGCUACGUGCUGCCGACGAUCAGGCUCGCAGCGCCCUCCGCCAUCAUGGUCUGCUUGGAGUACUGUGCGUUGGAGCUCCUGGUGCUGCUUGCUGGCCUGCUGCCGAAUUCCACUGUGAGCACGUCCUUGAUCGCCAUUUGCGUGAGCACGGAGGCCAUUGCCUACAUGAUCACCUACGGGUUCAGUGCUGCUGUGAGCACGAGGGUGUCGAAUGAAAUUGGUGCCGGGAACAUAGACAGGGCGAAGAACGCGGUGGCGGUGACGUUGAAGCUGUCAGUGUUCCUCGCCCUCUCCUUCCUCCUAGUGCUGGGCUUCGGCCACAGCUUCUGGGCGAGCCUCUUCAGCGGGAGCGCGGUGAUUGCGGCAGAGUUCGCGGCCAUCACCCCUUUCAUGAUGAUCUCCAUCGUGCUCGACUCAGCCCAGGGCGUCUUGUCAGGGGUGGCGAGGGGCUGCGGAUGGCAGCACCUGGCGGCGAUGACGAACCUGGUGGCGUUCUACAUCAUCGGCAUGCCGCUGGCCAUCCUCUUCGCCUUCAAACUCAACUUCAACACCAAGGGUUUAUGGUCGGGUCUGCUCUGUGGGCUGACGUGCCAGACAUGCACGCUGGUGGUGAUCACCAUCUGCACCAAAUGGUCCAAGAUCGUGGACGCGAUGCAACAAGAUAAGGUCAACUACGUCGCUUGAUUUCUCUCCAAAGCAAGAGUCGCUUGAUCAAUGGGCAUAGACGCACGUGUUAGUUCACGAUUGAUGUAAUUUAGGAUCAGACGGUGGUGGGCGGUAGCAUCAUCCGUGUGGCUUGCACUUGAACGUUCGCCUCCAGCGGUUUGUGAUGUUUUUUUCUGUAUUUACCCACGCGUUUUGGUGAAGGCGAACCUAGGGAUCAGUCGGCUGUAGCUAUAACCGGUU